CAAGUUUUUCUUGCAGCAAUCCUCAAAUCCCUAUGCAAGGACUUCCUAUCGGUGAACGUGUCGGCGAUACUAUACCUAAUGAAUUAUGAACAGUAUGGCAGAAGCACGGCGUCGGCACAGUACUUUUUACAAUUGGCCGGCUAUUUGGGCAUACCUGUGAUAGCUUGGAACGCCGACAAUUCCGGCCUGGAACGACGAGCAUCGCAGUCGUCCCUGCAAUUGCAGCUCGCACCGUCGCUCGAACACCAAACGGCCGCUAUGUUAAGCAUUUUGGAACGAUACAAGUGGCAUCAAUUUUCGGUCGUCACGAGCCCGAUUGCCGGUCAUGACGAUUUCAUUCAAGCGGUCAGAGAGAGGGUAUCCGCAAUGCAGGAUCGAUUUAAGUUUACAAUACUGAACGCGGUGCUGGUGGCAAAAAAUGGCGACCUCGCAGCCCUUGUGGACUCUGAAGCGCGUGUAAUGCUCUUAUACUGCACCCGAGAGGAAGCGAUAGAUAUUUUAACGGCCGCAAGAGACUUUCAACUUACCGGCGAAAAUUAUGUCUGGGUUGUCACGCAAAGUGUGAUUGAAAAUCCUCAACAGGCGCCUUAUCAAUUCCCAGUCGGUAUGUUAGGAGUGCACUUCGACACGUCGAGCGCCAGUUUGGUCAACGAAAUUACAACGGCAAUUAAGGUCUACGCAUACGGCGUGGAAGAUUUUAUAAACGACCCACGCAACAUAAAUCGGUCGCUUAAUACUCAGCUAUCUUGCGAAGGCGUUGGAGCGGCACGCUGGGAUACGGGAGAUCGUUUCUUUCGAUAUCUCCGCAACGUUAGCGUCGAAACGGAGGCGGGUAAACCAAACAUCGAAUUCACGCAAGACGGCGUUCUUCGUGCGGCGGAACUUAAGAUUAUGAAUUUGAGGCCGGGGAUAAGUAAACAGCUCGUUUGGGAGGAGAUUGGGGUAUGGAAGUCGUGGCAGAAAGAGGGUUUGGAUAUAAAGGAUAUCGUUUGGCCUGGCAACAGUCACACGCCUCCACAAGGAGUUCCAGAGAAGUUUCAUCUUAAAAUCACGUUUCUGGAAGAACCGCCGUACAUCAGUCUAUCGCCGCCGGAUCCGGUAACUGGAAAAUGCGCUAUGGAUAGGGGAGUUUCGUGCCGGAUUGCAUCGGAUGCAGAAAUUACCGAGUGA